UUUGCCGAAACGAACGUGUCAGGGAUUUGUCUUUUACUAUCCAUUUCUUCACGUUUAAACAAUUAACGAAUAGCGUGCAUAACACAGUCGAAGAAGCGAACCGAGAAGAUAUUUUAACUGUAAGUUAGCAGGAUUUUACGUUCGUCUGGUUAGCGGGGCUAGCUAUGAGUGCUAGCCGGGUUAUAGCCUCGAAAAACGGCAGAAAUAAAUCUUCAGUUCGCCGGAGCAGGGAGCACCAAGCCUCCAAAGCUAACAAGGUGCUGGCUGAGAGGAACCAGGCGGUGGUGGCAGUGGGAGCCUGGGUGGAGAACGGACAAGACUUCCUGGAGCACCCGUGUGCUCUUGCUUUGUUAACUGAGGAGCUCCAGGCAGAAAGGAGGAGGGAGAAUGAAGAGAGCCUUCGACGAUUUCAAGAUGAAGUGCGCCACCGUGUGGCACAGCGAACCCAGGUCUUCAAGAAGAGACAGCAGCCUCAAAAAGAGCCAUUGGUGAAACCUAACAGGAGAAUCCCACAAGAACAGUAUCGAGUCUGGACCCACCAUGUGUCUGCUGGUCAGAAGAUGAUGUCUGAGGGAGGUGCUGCGCGACAAAGGAUGAUGGAGGGGAGCUGUCAGAAGUCUAGUGAAGGCAUGAGGCAGGUCAGACUCAGGCUGGCUGCCUGUCGGAUGAUCCCGCAUGGGGAAAUGACGUCAGACCUUCCUGGAGGCAAAUGGAACAUCUCUCCAACCGGUCAUAAAGCUUCAUCUCACACGCUGAGAGCAGAGCGGGAAGUGGAAGAGGAGGAGGAGGAAGAUGUUCAGGGAGAGGAAGAAGAGGAAGAGGGAGAUGAUCAUUUCUUCACCAGUCAACAUGAAUGUCCCCUCGUUCAACAGAAGGUUAGUGGAUGUGUGUUGUGGGAUACUGACAAAUCACAGCCCGAUCCUGGUUUUAAGUUCAACCUUAGAGACCCACAGGUCCUGUGGCCUCUGGAUGACCAAGAAGAACUGAAAAGACAACGUCAGUCUCAGUUCCUGAUGCAUCGCCGUCAGUUCAUGAACAUUGAGAGAGAACGAGUGAAGGAGAACAAGCAGCACAGGAAACACCUAAAGAGAACAGCAAGUAUCAAAGCAGAGAGAGAACACAUUCGUCUGGAGGAAGAGAGAAAGUUGGAGAGAGUUCGGCAGCUUGCAGAUGCCAGACAGAAGCUGGAGGAGAGAGAGCUGCUAAUUUUGGAACGUCUGAAGCUCGAGGAGGAGGAGAGAGUUGUGGAGCUGCAGAGGAGAAAAAAAGAGGAUAAAGGGAAAGUAGCUGGAAGGUUCAUUGAGGCUCUGAGAGCUCAGAUGAAGGAGCGGCUGUCUCAGGAGAAACUGGAGCUUCCCCCUCUCUGCUGCUGUGCGUCCUCAUUCUGGGACUCCCACCCCGACACCUGUGCUAACAACUGUGUCUUCCACAACAAUCCCAAAGCAUAUGCCCAAGCGUUACAUUCAACAAUGCUGAGUUUGGAUUUACGGUAAAGGAACUGCAGCGGAAAUUGCCUGGAAGAAACAUACUCCUUGCUGUCUGUUUAAAGUCCAACAUUUUGGGAAAUACAGUGUAAGUUAUCAAGCCUAGAGUCAGACGAGAGGAUGGAUAUCAGUAUGAUCUCUCAGUACGAUCUCUAAGAGGUCCAGGUAGUGUUCAGCCUCCAGAUUGAAAUAUGAAAAAUAUUUGAUGGACUGCCAUGAAAUUUUGAAGAGGACAUUCCUUUUUUCCACAAGUUGAAUCCAAAUGAGUUUGUUGAUCCAUUGAGUUCUCAUUUUGUAAUAAUACCAGCAGGCUCAAAUGUUCACUUAUUUUGUGAUUAGGAAUUUGUCAUUAGGUCGUUAUUUCUCUUUGCACAAAGCUAAUCACACGAAUCAGAAUAGGCCGUUUUGAUACUGUUUGACUUUGUUUAACAUAUAUAUUCUAUUUUAUACCUCCUCACAUGAUGACAAGUUAUUUGAUAUUGAUAUUGAUAAUUAACGGAUUUGAUUGUUAGCAUACUAACUACAUUCAAUUAGUGAAGUCAAGUUUACAUGAUUAGUAAAACAUCAGGGAUGUGUUCACAUGUGUGAACUUGAGAAUGUGCAUUGGAUUUGCUGUUUAUUGUGUGGAAGUUAUAAUUUGU